CUUGUCCUUGUUCUUGCCGGUGCGCCGGCGCUCGGGCGCGUUGUCAAUGCGAUCAAAGUGCUCCUUGGCCAGCGCAUUCUGCAUGAACAAAGCAGAUGGGGACCAGUCUGUCAGGAGCUGAAAGAUUGAGAGGCACGGAUGGGCAGCAGAGCGAUGACCGCGCCGCCGCCUCUGUGCGCGGGGCAAAUGACCUGCUUGAUUGGGGUAGCGCUGGCGGCAGCGGGCACGCACGGUGCCUGCAGCUUGCGCUGCCCACGGCGACACGCACCCGCCCUCCGAGUUCGCGGCUGGUGCGCGCAGCCAACGGCACCAUACAUUGCGGCACACCUGACCACAUACGCACGCGCCCAACGGCCUCACAGCACCAGUACAUAGGUUCUGACGGCCGCAGCCUCCGGCCGCUGAGCGAGCUGCGAGGUGUGCGCACGGCUAGGUGAUUUACUGCUUCGACGAGGAGGUGCGCUACAACAUCCAACUCUACUUCGUCGAUAACAUGGCUGGUACAUUGCAGGCUUUCGCGAUCGGGGCUCGUCCCGCGAUGGACAGCGUGGAGGCCGCGCUGGACCGCGUCAAGAUGAACAUGAACCUCAAGUUCGCGGACUGGGGGCUGCCCUGCCCCAUUACAGGAGAGCCGGGCGCAAUGGCGCAGCCGGCAGCGUUUGGCGGCCAGCGGCAGCUCGUGAGGGCGGCGCUGUUGGACUGGGGUGAAAGGGCGUAAGGUGCUGUAGGCUUGUGGUGCCCGUUGCAUCUAGACUCAAGGCGUGGGCAAGACAGAUGUCCCUGUAGAAGUGGUAGAGCGCACGCAGCAGCAGGAGCAGGAGGGAAGAGGGCAGGGUUUGGUGGCGACGGCAUGUCGACGGCCAGGUUGGUGGUGGGCAAGGAGCGAGUUAGCAAGCGGCCGGGGCAGGGCCUGUGGGCAUCAGCAGCAACCGUACGCUGCUGUGACAGCGGCAGCACGCAAACGUGUGUGCGCGUGCUGUGUGUAGGUGUAUGUGCGUGAAAGGAAGAUGACAAGCAUACCCGCAGUAUGUGUGUGUAGGCGGGAAUUGACUGAGAAUGGUACCGUAUACGGUAAUGCCGAGGCGGUUGCCCUAGGCGGCAGCAGGGGUUGCAAGUGUGCUCAGGUACUGCGCUGGCUGGUUACUGUACAUGGUGCUCUCUCCGGUCCUUUCAUGGGGGAGGUAGGCUACAGCGGCCGUCUUUUGGGCCCCGGUCAGUGGAAGACCACAGCUGUAGCAGGUUGUGUCGAGUGUGAGCUGUGUGACAUUCACCUGUUGGUGGCAGGUGGCGGUCAACCUAUCUAUCAUUGCUCGUGUCGGUGAUGCGAUGCUGGUGGUGCUGGUACCUUCAAUCAAGUCGGAGACGCUAGGGGACUGCUGGACUAAUGCUGGAAAGGCUGGCUGUAUGUGAAGAGCAGACUGAGCAGCGGCACGCUAGGAAUGGUGUGCGUGUGAAGAGCUACGGUCAGCCAAGACAGCUGGGCUUCGGCGUUACCCACCCAUGAGUCCCCAGUGAAGUAGAUUUGCGCAAGCCUGAUGUAACAGUACCUAACGGGUUACCGGACAUUCCGGUGCUGCUACACCGGAAUGUUCUGCUCGUGCGCAACAUUUCAUAUGCCCCCGCCAGCACUAGCAGCUCAUCGGGCACGCAGUCCAGCAUCGCCGUCGAUGGCCAACUACGCUACCUCGCCUCACUGGCGGUCCUGCAUGAUUGCCGGCCUACGGGCCCCUUACAAGGAAAACGCUUUCACAACCCUACGUACGGAAAUCCUAAGCAGUCACUGGCGCGUGAACUGCGUCCCUCUUGUUACCAAUGCAAUCUAAGCAGUCUCAGCUAGUCAUCAAGUCUUAUUACCAUUCAGGCUACGUGAGCCAUAUAUAAGGACGCACGAUCCCAGACACACAUGUACACGUUUGUGGCAACCAACAUGCAGAAGUCACUGUGGUUGUGGCCAGGCACGACAGCACGAGCUGGCACGAGCCGUAUGCAAAACAAAACCGGUGGAUCCAUACAGACUGGCACAGCACAAGAUAAAAGCUGA